GCCGGCCCCGCGGCCGGCCUCAGCCUGGCCACGCUCCGGGCAGGGCCGGCGCGGGCAGUGCCAGGCGGCCGUCACUCCUGCCUGCUGGCGUCCCCCGAGGUGCCUGCAGUAUGCUCCGAGGCCCCGCUCUGGCCUCCUGGCUACCCGGUGCGGAGGGUGCACCCACUGGCGGCCUGCCCUCCAUCCCUACCACGUGACCGCAGGCCCCUGCCCGCCCGGCUGCGGGAGGACGGCCAGUUUGUCUGCGCGUUUUGCGCUGCUGUGCCCACGCGGGCACCCAAGAGCGGGCGCCACUGCCAGUGAUGAGUGGCCGCGUCCCGCUGGCAGAGCGAGCCCUGUCUGAAGGCCACGCCAGGCUCCGCUACAGGGACACCUCCCUGAUCAUCUGGCAGCAGCAGCAGCGGAAGCUGGAGUCUGUGCCGCGGGGGACCUACCUGAGCCGCAGCCGGAGCAUGUGGUACUCACAGUACGGCAACGAGGCCAUCCUUGUCCGCGACAGAAACAAGCUGAACGUCUCCCGGGACACAGGCCAGUCCAAAUUCUGCACAAUAAUGUGACUGCGGUGGGCGAGCUGGGCCUGCCGUGAGGGAAAGGCCACGUCUCCUUCAGCUUCAAGUCUUGUGGAUGCAGGGGCCUUGCGGGGAGGACAAGCAGUCCUCUGAAGAGUGGCCAUGAAGGACCCAGGUGUGGGGUGAGGACCCCAGGAUCCCAGACGGGGCUCCCCGCCCUUCCACAGCAUCUGUGCACCUGCUUCAAACCCUGGGCCCACCCCGACCCUCCAGGUGCCGGCGGGCAUGCCCAGGGCACGAGGACUGGCCGCUGAUGUCAAUCAAGCAAGACUGACAGUCCGGCUGCUAAGCGUUCCAUCGUUUUGGGCACUGACUGCAACCUGGGAAGGGCCAGCCUAGCAGGUGAAGGGCCACAGCAGCUUGAGCGGGGUGGCAGUGGUCAGUUUGCCACACCAUCGGGGCUAAUGCAGCAUGGGUACCCCCAUUCUAGUUUCCAGAUACUGAGGCUGUAGCCAUGUGCAUCCAGAAGACAUGGAGGAAACCAGAACUAUUCAAGAGUCAUGUCACCUGCCUGUGGUGAUUCUCCACUAGUCUUUGGGGUCGCUCUGGGCUCCCUGCCUGCAGCAGCCCCCCUUACCUUGGUGGGCAGUGGGGGACCGUGUCCGGGCCCACCUGGGUGGGCAUGUUGCCCUCGUAAGUAGAUCUGCCAAUGCGGAGGGAAAGCGGGCUUGCCUUUUCUCAAUAAACAUCCCUAGGGGCUCUCCUCCCUCGCGCUAGCUGCAUGUUUGUUCUAGCAUCGUAGCUUGGCUUCAGUUUGUUUUUUAAUAACCAUGGUACCUAAUGAUUCCUAAGACCCCACACAGAAAUGCACAAAGCACAGCAGAAGGCUCUCCCACCACGGUGGCCCCCACCCCCAGGCACAGCCCGCAGACUUCUGACCCCCCCAUACCCAAAUCCUGCUCCCGCCUCUGCCUCUUGCUCAGCUGUUCAGCCUGGAGUGUGCCCUGGUACCUUCCUGCUGCCCAGCAGCCCCGGGGGCGUGCAUACCUGUCCUGCGCGGAUGUACGCGAUGUCCCGUCCAAGUUCUUUAGUGACCAGUGCUUGGGUCAGACUGCCGGCACCACCAGUGGCAAAUGCCCAGUGGGACGCGUGGGGUUAGGAGGGCCCGGAGCUCUCGCUGCAGGCGCCUCUGCUGCUGGCACUGCUGUGGUCAGCUGUCCUGAAGCACUUGUGCGGUUGGGGAGACGCUGAGCCCAGGCCUCGAGUCUGCGGGAGCACUACGCUGGAGUCACCACCAUAGCUUUUGCCCUCUUCCUGGCGGUUCUCCAGUCCAGUGGUGCUUGGGAAGAGCGCACAGUGCACCUUAACCACAGGUGGAGGCGGGGUAGCCCCAUGCUGAGGCAGACGGCACUGUGAGGCGAGUCUGCAAGUGACAGUCAUGUGCAUGGCAGCUGCCCGGGACAGCUGGCACCGGGCUGGGAGCUGGGGACACCAGUGGACUGGCCUGUCCCGUCAUCAGGGCUGAGGACCUGGAGGAGCGGUCGGGGGGUGCCCACACGGGGGGAUGGGAUGCCGUCCGCUCUGGACGUGGGCCUGCCGAGACCCUGGUCUGGAAAGCUCUGGUUUGAAGGCAAUUGGCAUGAGAACAUGUCAUCUCGGGCCUCGCGCUCUCCUCCGAAGCCCAUGCUGGCCGGUACCGAGGGGUGGGGAGCCCGGGCGCGGGACCCCCCUGGCGUGGCUGUCCUGGUGGGUGGCUGAGGCCCGAUGGAAACCACCCUGCACAGGCAGGCACAGGGCAGGGCUCAGACAGGAUGCCCCAUGGGUGUCUACCUGGCCUGGCGCGGAGCGGCAGCGCCACCUGAGAAGCAUUGUCCGAAAAGGGGCCGGAACUUUCUAAGGCAAAACCCACGUCCCCUAAAAUCCCGGCGCCCCCUGCCCGGCUGAGGACCAGGUGCUGGAGGAGCACCUCAGAGGCCCUUCUGGCAGCUUGGCGUGCUGCUGCCCAGCUGGCCAGGCCGGUACUCAGCCCUGGAGCCUCCCCACGCAGCUGAGGCUGGGGCCACAGGCACAGGAAGAGGCACAGACAGGGACCGGGUUGGUUUUUUUUUUUUUUUUCCACUUUUAUUAUGAAAACAAAACAAAUGCCCGGGAGAAGGGCCGCGAUUACCAGAGACAUCGAAGAAUACUUUCUACCAUUUCCAUUCUGUUGUGUUGAGGCCGGCAUUGCAAUAAACAAGCUAAACUACUUCCAUUGGACUCAUUUUCAGUAACUGACAUUUACAGGAAUAUACUAGAAACGGCACUAAAAAGUUUAAGAAAAGUUACGGUAAACUUGCAUGCACAUCAUACAGAAAAUUAACAUUUUAAAUAUAAAAAAGAAAAACUUCCCGGAAGCGUUAGGCCAGCGUGACAGACAGCGGCCCCCACCCCGGUGGAUGGAGCAGACCUUGAUCGGGGUGUUUCCCCCAAACGACAGUGAAAGACAUGAAUGUUGCCCAAGAACCAAACCAAAAUCAAAUGAAAAAAAAACCAGAGUGCGCUGGGCCAGGGCCCCCUCGGCCUCCGGGCCCUGC